UUUAACCUGCACAAAGCUUUGCCAAAACUAUUCUUUAUAGUCACAAACUGUUGCUUACAAGGAGUGAAAUCACACUCCCCUAGUGGCAAUUAAGGUAAUUGCACCCCCCAAAAAUAUAAGGAAAAAAGUCAGAUUUGAAGGCAUUAUUUUAAAAUGGUCAACAGACAAUAUGUAUAUAUAUGAGUGUGUUUUUAGCAGACUCAGCCAGAUCUGCCAUUGUAACUAAGCUUAUUUUCAGCAGCCUUUUGUUAUGUGCCAAUAGCAGUAUAAGUAAGUAUAUGACCUUCAGGCAUUGCAUGAAGAACUGGACCACACACCCAUGCUCACUUCCUUCUCUUCAAAAAACACGAUAGAUGUUAUACGACUUAAAUGACAUUAAACAAUUACAUUGUGCAUGUAUAUCCAUACUUUUUAAAUACAUAAAUUUUAAUCUUAAGGUUGAACAAAAAGGUCAUGCUCCUGUUAUCAGUCAUCUGCAUGCGUGCAUGUGGGUCUAGAUUACACCAGGUGUUCUUCCAUCAAGGAUGCGUACACAUACAGAUUAUGACAUUGUGCCUUCAUCUCAAGUCAAGGCAUGAACUCUCAAACAUCACAGCGACACGAUCAUUACCCACCCACAAGUUGCAAAAUACCUUGAGCAACACAAGGCUGUGGUUUUACGGGAAAGUAAUUGAAAAGGGCAGCAAGAAACGCUAUAAACCUGCCUUGCUUAAUUUAUAUCUUAACGCUAAUUAAAGCUCCUCCUUAUUACAUAAACACUGUUCCACGCACCUGUUUUUGGACUACUACAAUACUCAUUUUUACUACAUUUCUCUACUUAUAUUAAGCUCUUACAUCAGCGUGCUUCGUCAUUUUUAAUAUAGGCGCCUAUGUCGCACAUAACUACACAAGCUUCCGCGCGCGUGCGUGCGUGCGUGCGUGCACUGUCAAGAGUACGUGCGGUCCGACCACACAGAGACAUUUAAAGACAGAACGCUUGUCGCCAUAACAACGGAGCAAGUAAAAGGUUGAGAGGACACAAAUAUGCGACUGUCAAGCAAGUAGACGUUGAUACCACGACAAAAACGCAUCCUGUAUCGAGCUUCUCAUCAGAGUUUAGGAUCUCGCCAUCAGGAAGGACAGACUGCCCAGCGCAGGCUGAGAAACAGGACCUUCUCAACAUGGGAGUUAUCGCUAAACGAUUCACUUCCUGGAUUUCGACCAAUUGCAUUGUUCCGUUGAUUCUACGCAAUUUUGCCGGGAAAACGGAUAUCGCCGCCCAUGUCCGGUGAAUAUUGAAAUUCAACAGUGAAGUGGCGGGAGAUCGGUCAAGUUCAUGCAUGCAGCAUUAGAGCUAAAUCUGGAAUAACAGGGCUGCAGCACAAUGGACUUCAAACGUCGAAAUGGGGGCCCUGCGAUGGGCGGGGCUUCACAAGCCAAAAAAGGAAAAGUGAGCACUGAAUGGGAGGAUAGUCCCUCCCAGUUUGAGGAGGAACUUGCUUUAUUAGAUGAAAUGGAGAUGGAGGUUGAGUCAGAGGAGGGGCAGGCAGGUCAUGAUGUCACGCCAGUGGGUGAUUUAUUCUCUGCUGAUCUUAAUCCACGUUGGAAACGACCUCAGGCACCUACUCUUCAGCCGAAUUCAGACAGACUCAUCUUCCAACAGAUAGACCUGGAGUAUUACCUUGGAUCUGCAGUAGCAGGUAUGCCGGGGCAGGUUCAAGGAAAAGUCCCAAUAGUGCGCAUGUUUGGUGUGACAGACAGUGGGAACAGUGUGUGCUGUCAUAUUCAUGGAUUUGCCCCAUACUUCUAUGUUCCUGCACCAAACGGUUUUACAAAUGCGCACUUGGCUGAGUUUAAGAGAGAACUGAACUCUGCUGUGCUGAAAGACAUGCGGUCCAACAAAGACAACAUAGCCAUCACUGUGUUGGCAGUGGACAUCACCAUUAAAGAGAGUAUGUUCCAUUACCGUGGAAACCGCCCUCAUGACUUUCUGCGCAUCACCAUGGCGAUACCGCGACUGAUCGCGCCGGCGAAGCGAAUCCUGGAGCAGGGCUUUAAAUUUGCCAACUUUGCCACUCAGAGCUACCACGGCUUUGAGGCCAACAUCGACUUUGAGAUCAGGUUCAUGGUGGACACUGAUGUGGUUGGCUGCUGCUGGAUUGAGCUUCCUAAAGGAAAGUACAAAGUGAGAGAAGAGAAAUCUGAAGGUCAGACAAACUCGCAGUAUCCAGGGAAGAUGUCUCUGUGUCAGUAUGAAGUGGACGUGGCGUGGAAUGAUCUGAUCAGUCAUCCAGCUGAAGGAGAUUGGCAGAGGAUCGCUCCUCUAAGAGUGCUCAGUUUUGACAUCGAGUGUGCAGGCAGGAAAGGUGUGUUUCCUGAGCCAGAGGUCGACCCAGUGAUUCAGAUCGCCUCAAUGGUGCAGCGUCAGGGAGAGAAGGAGCCGUUUAUCCGGACUGUUUUCACUUUACAGAGCUGCGCCAGUAUAGUGGGCUCUCAGAUUCUCUGUUUCACUCAGGAAAAACAGCUACUGCAGAGCUGGGCAGAGUUUGUGAGGACGGUGGAUCCUGACAUCAUCACUGGCUACAAUAUUCAGAACUUCGAUUUUCCAUACCUUCUUAAUAGAGCUGCAACUUUAAAGGUCAAUUUAUUUCCAUAUUUGGGUCGUGUGCGAGGCAUUAAGUCGGUUUUAAGAGAUUCCAGUUUUCAGAGCAAGCAGAUGGGUCGCCGAGAGAACAAAACUGUCAAUAUAGAGGGACGUGUGCAGUUUGACCUUCUGCAGGUGUUGCUGAGGGAUUAUAAACUUCGUUCUUACACACUUAACGCCGUCAGUUUCCAUUUUCUGCAAGAGCAGAAGGAGGAUGUGCAGCAUUCAAUCAUUACAGACCUACAGAACGGGAAUGAGCAAACCCGGAGGCGUCUGGCUGUAUAUUGUCUGAAGGAUGCGUACUUGCCGCUGCGUUUACUGCAAAAGUUAAUGUGCGUCAUUAACUACAUGGAAAUGGCCAGAGUAACCGGAGUGCCCCUGACUUACCUUCUGUCUCGUGGACAGCAGAUUAAAGUGGUUUCACAGCUCCUCAGACAGGCUAUGAAGCAGGAUCUGGUCAUGCCAGUGGUGAAAACUGAGGUUGGAGAGGACUACACUGGAGCCACCGUCAUAGAGCCAGAAAAAGGAUAUUACAGUGUUCCUAUAGCAACUCUUGAUUUCUCCUCCCUGUAUCCCUCCAUCAUGAUGGCUCAUAAUUUGUGUUACACUACACUUCUGCAGAAAGGUCAAAUUGAGAAACUUGGUUUGGGGCCCGAAGACUUCAUUAAGACCCCUACAGGUGACCUGUUUGUGAAGAGCUCUGUGAGGAAGGGUCUUCUACCUGAGAUCCUGGAAAACCUACUUGGUGCCAGGAAAAAGGCGAAGGCGGAGCUAAAAAAAGAGACAGAUCCCUUUAAAAAGCAGGUGCUGGAUGGAAGGCAGUUGGCUUUGAAGAUAAGUGCGAACUCGGUGUAUGGGUUCACAGGGGCUCAGGUGGGCAAACUGCCCUGCCUUGAGAUUUCACAGAGUGUCACAGGCUUUGGUAGACAGAUGAUUGAAAAGACCAAACAGCUAGUGGAGUCAUCAUACACAAUUGCUAAAGGUUACCAGGCGGAUGCGAAGGUCAUUUACGGAGACACAGACUCUGUCAUGGUGAAACUGGGUGUGGCCACAGUACAGGAAGCAAUGAAUCUGGGAAAGGAGGCAGCUGAGUGGGUUUCUUCACACUUCGUACCACCAAUUAAAUUGGAGUUUGAGAAGGUGUAUUACCCCUAUCUGUUGAUCAAUAAGAAGCGGUACGCAGGGCUGUAUUUCUCUUCCAGUGCUGAACAGCAUGAUAAAAUGGAUUGUAAAGGAAUAGAGACAGUCCGACGAGACAACUGCCCUCUAGUGGCCAACCUUAUAAACACAUGCCUCCAAAACAUCCUUAUUGACAGAGACCCCGAUGGAGCAGUGUCUCAUGCUAAAGAGGUCAUCUCUGACCUCCUGUGCAACCGUAUCGACAUCAGUCAGCUGGUCAUAACGAAAGAGCUCACACGUACCGCGCAGGAGUACGCUGGCAAACAGGCUCAUGUCGAGCUCGCUGAGAGAAUGAAAAAGCGUGACGCUGGCAGCGCUCCACAACUCGGAGACAGGGUUCCGUAUGUCAUCAUCAAAGCAGCAAAAGGGGUGGCAGCUUACAUGAAAUCAGAGGACCCAAUUUAUGUGCUGGAGAAUAACAUCCCUAUAGACACGCAGUACUACUUGGAACAGCAGCUGUCUAAACCUCUACUGCGUAUCUUUGAGCCCAUACUGGGCGAGAGUAAAGCUGAGAGUGUGUUACUGAAGGGAGAUCACACACGAUGUAAGACAGUCCUGACGUCUAGGGUCGGUGGCCUCAUGGCAUUCGCUCAGAAGCGAAGCACUUGCAUUGGGUGUAGAGCUGUACUUAAAACCGAUGUGGCUGUUUGUGACUUCUGCAAAAAGAAAGAGUCCGAGCUCUAUCAGAAAGAGAUUGCUCAUCUGUCAACUUUGGAGGAGAAGUUCUCCCGUCUAUGGACUCAGUGUCAGCGCUGUCAGGGUUCACUACAUGAAGAUGUGCUUUGUACCAGUCGAGACUGUCCUAUCUUUUACAUGAGGAAGAAGGUACAGAAAGAUUUGGAUGACCAUUCAAAGCUGAUCUCUCGUUUUGCUUGGUGAGAGAGAUUUCACCUCUUUCUCCAUCUGUAUUUGAAUUCCUUUAUAAUAUCCUUACCUCAGAGACCAAAUUGUAAAGAAUCUACAUGUUUUCUAGUCGUGAAAAAAAUAAAGUGCAUUUU